AUGGAGUCAUUGAGUGUGAAUGCGUACACGCCACUGGAGACGACCGAGAUAUGCUCUCGCGUCGGCACCAAAAAGGCAAACAUGCGCGUCGACAAGAUAUUCAUCAGUGCCGUCAUCGCAGGCUGCUAUCUCGCGUUUUCGUCUUCCGUGUGCCUGGUCAUCAACACAUCACCAUGGUACACGACCCUCGCCGCGCUUCACCGCCGGAUCAGCCCCUGGAAGAUGCUCGCUCACUGGGCGCUCACCUUCUUCGGCAACCUCGCCGGCUCGCUCUUCAUCGUCGGCGUCAUCAUCGGCCACGGCGGCGUCCUCGACGACCCGCCGUACCGAGCCGAGGCCAUCAAGUUCGCCGACAAGAAGGCCUACACGCCCCUGUGGCACCAGAUCUUCCUGCGCGGCAUCGGCGCCAACUGGCUCGUCUGCGUCGCCUGCUGGCUCGCCUGCCAGUCGCGGGACGUCGCCGGUAAGAUCGCGGCCAUCUGGUGGCCCAUAUUCGCGUUCGUGUGCCUCGGCCUCGACCACGUCGUCGCAAACAUGUACUUCAUACCGAUGGCGAUCUUCCUGGGGAGCCCGCAUAUCAGCGUCGGCUACUACAUCUGGAAAUCGAUGAUCCCGGCGCUGCUGGGUAACAUCGUAGGUGGCGGGUUGUUCGUGGCCGCUGUACACUGGUAUCUGGACCUCACUGGAACGACCGAGCCAAUCGCAAUCGACGGUCAAUUUUACAAGGAUGAUAAAAAGUCUGGGCACAGUGAAAGCAGCAGUGUCUGA